AUGCGAGUGGCAGUUUGUGGGGCAGGUCCAUCUGGGCUGAGUCAAUUACAUGCUUUUGAAUGUGCUAGACGAGACGGUUAUUCGAUUCCGGAUAUUGUCUGUUUCGAAAAACAGACUGAUUUCGGUGGACAAUGGAAUUAUUAUUGGCGAACUGGAUUUGACGAAUAUUCUGAACCGGUUCAUAGCAGCAUGUACCACAAUUUAUGGACAAAUCUACCGAAAGAAUGUUCCGAAUUCGUCGAUUAUUCAUUUGAUGAACAUUUUGGUCAACCAAUCACAUCGUUUCCGCCCCGAACUCUCCUGUCGAAUUAUAUUAAAGGCUAUGCCGAACGAAACAAUAUUCGUCAAUACAUUCGAUUUAGCACAGUUGUUCGCUGGAUUUCAUAUUCUGACGCGAAGCAGAAAUUUCAUGUAGUUGUCAAAGACUUGCGCAAAAACGAAACACAAUCAGAAGAAUUUGAUUACGUGAUUGUUGCUACUGGUCAUUUCUCUAUGCCCAAUGUUCCCUAUUUCGAUGGGAUAGAAACUUUUUCAGGUCGCAUAUUACAUUCGCACGAUUUCCGUUUCGCUCAAGAUUUUCUUGGUCAAGAUGUUUUAAUCAUUGGCAAUGGAUAUUCCGCCGAAGAUAUUGCUUUACAAUUAUAUAAGUAUGGUGCAAAGUCGGUAAUAGUGUCAUAUCGAACGAAAUCGAAAGGUUUCAAAUGGCCUGAUAGAAUUAAAGAAGUACCAUUACUCGUUCAAAUCGAUAAAGAAAGUGUACAUUUCAGAGACGGUUCGUCUCACGCGGUCAAUGCAAUUAUUUUUUGUACUGGAUAUGUUCAUCAUUUCCCAUUUCUCGACGAUAAUCUUCGUCUCAAAUCAACGAAUAGUCUUUAUCCACCUGAUUUGUACAAGACUAUUGUUUGGAUACAUCAACCUCGUCUACUCUAUUUGGGUAUGCAAGUUCUCACAUUCAGUUUUAAUAUUGGCAAUAUUCAAGCUUGGUAUGCACGUGAUCUUAUUCUUGGAAAAAUAAAUUUACUUAUAACGAAAGAGGAAAUGCUGAAUGACAUGACUCACUGGCAAAUAAGAGCAAAAGCCGUACAGAAUAUUUCUGAUUAUUCCCAAUUUACCAGAGAUUAUAUUCAAGAUUUGAUUGACGCCACCGGCUACCCACUUUUCAAUAUUGAUCAAAUGGUGCGAAUACUAAUUGAAUGUGCUCAAUCAAGAAUCGAGAAUCUGCUUACCUAUCGAGAAAAAACCUACGUUUCAACUGUGACUAAUACUCCAGCGAAACAACAUCACACACCGUGGCUCAGAGAAAUGGACGAUAGACUAGAAAAUUUUCUCGAGAAAUGA